AACAAGCAUAAAGUGGUAACAAGCGAAGUAGCUUUACCUGACGAUAGCCAAAAGGAAAAAAGUGGUAUACGCUACAGAGGGAAAGCAGCGCACCAUCCUGAGAACAGAAAUGAACCAUAUUACCCAAGAAGCAGCGGGUCUUGACCCGGACACGCUGAGAGAAGAACUCUUCGAACUGUGGAACCGGAAAGAUCUGCAGACGCUACGUUUUGUAGCCCUCGAUGGGUUUUCAAAGCUGCCUGAGCCUCUGGAGACCCUACUGACAAUCCUGGAGGGCUGCCCUGGCAGACAGAAGGGUCGCAGUCACACCCUUGGCUAUUACAUCCUCGUGGAAUUCCAGACAUGGCUGAAGGAGCAUCCUCAGGUAAACCUGAGCUCAUUCACAGAACAGCAAGUGCUGGCGCUCCAACGGCGGGCUCUUAGCUUACUAACAGAAACCCAGCCCAGCUUUGUUGACAGUCUAUUAAACAUCUACCAGCUCGGUUCCUUGGAUCCGUCCAUACUCCGGCUGCACAUUGUGAGGUUACAGGCCCUCAACUGCUACAAGGAGGCGGCAGUGCUCAGUAUAAAGCUGCAAUUACAGCAAGAACUAAAUAUGGAGGAGAUGUGCGUACCGCUGAUUUUGCAGGAUAAGUUGCCGCUGGCAGAGUCCUUUGUCACCGGCCACAGUCAUCUAGAGAAACAGCUGGUCACACUGCUGGACUCUUGGUGCCACCGUGACUUCACAGUGGAAGAGAUAAGCAAGCAGUUCCCUCGUGUCGCCCUGUCCAAACACUGCACAAGCCAGAUCCAUCCCAAAAUGGUCACGAAACACGUCUUAAGACUCGCAGACAAAUUCAAGAUCGACCAAGCACUAUGUCCCAAUGCUCUGCACAAGAGGAGACUAGACUCUCUGCGUUUCCUCAUGUACAAGAGGUUUGUGGAGAAAACCAUGACAGAAGAGAACUGGAGUGACCAUGUGCAGUAUGUGGUGGCAGGAGACCUGGAGCUGCAGGUCCACUUGGUGGAGGUGUUGGCGAAGUACUCAACUCUUGAGAAAGCCUCCCAGUGGUCACUGAAAUAUGACGUCCCCAGGAAUCGACUUCCAUGUGGGGUAUGGGAAAAGCAGCAGAGUCUACCGCCUGAGCUACAACAGAUAUGUCAGAAUGAUCCAGGACAAACUGAGGAGUGGGUGCCAUCUCAGGCCCACUGUCAGAGGUUCUACCAGGUGCCGCUCAGCAAAGACAAGGUUCAGUUUGUCGACACACCGGAAGCUCUAAAGAGAUGUCGAAGCAUCGUGCUCAAGGAAGGCGGAAUCGUAGGAGUUGACAUGGAGUGGCAGCCUACGUUUGGCUGUAUUGCAGCUCAACAGGUUUCCCUCAUCCAGCUUGCUGUUUCUGACCACGUGUUCUUAUUGGACUUGUGUGCGAACGGAUUCUGCCAACACCCAGAAACACUUGGUUUCAUCAGAGACUUAUUCUCCGAACGAAAUGUCCUUAAACUGGGUUAUGGUAUGUCUGGGGAUAUCAAGUGUCUCGUGGCCACCUGGCACCAGUUAGUAGAGGAACCACUGAAGAUGGAGGGGCUGCUUGAUCUUCUUAGUAUACACCAAAAGAUCCUGCGCGGCAAGGCCAACCGGACCCACAAUGGCCCUAAAGAGGUUCUGGUCGGAGAGGACUGUGCAGAAAAAGGCCUGAGCCUGCUGGUACAACAGGUCCUGGGGAGGCCCCUGGACAAGACGGAGCAGAUGUCCAACUGGGAGAAGCGACCACUGCGCAUCAGCCAAAUUAGAUAUGCAGUGGCAGAUGCCUACUGUUUGCUGGAUGUGUACUCGGCUCUCUCCAGCAACCCAGCGAGCUUCGGACUACCGGCUGACCUGCGCAGCAUCUCUUCGAGCCAAUCGGAGAAGAGCAAAGACCAGAAGCGGAAGGAGAAGCAGGACAAGCAGACGAAGCAGGCGCUCAGCAAAGAGGAAUGUCAGGGGGCUCAAAGGGCCAGUCCCCCUCGUUCUGACACAGAGAAAGGCCUCCUGUGUGGCGAGAAGCCCUCAGAAGAUUCCCCCCCUCUGCCCCCGCAGCAGUUGCGGGUGGUGUGUGACAACAUGCUGCAGGGACUCGGGAGGUACCUGCGCUGUUUGGGAGUCGACGUGGUCAUGCUGGAGAAUAACGAUGAUCACAGAGUAGCAGCCAAGUUAGCACAAGCUGAAGGCCGCGUCAUACUCACGUGUGGACAGCCGUUCCAAACUUUACGUUCCCAGGUCGGCGAGGGUCGCUGUCUGUCCCUAGACUGCUCAGAAAAGGCCAGAGACCAGGCAGUUCGAGUCCUCAAACACUUCAACAUCCAGCCCACACCCAGCGAUAUAUUCAGCCGCUGUCAGGCGUGUAACAGCGAUCAGUAUGUGGCGGUUCCUCGAGAGGACAUGGUCAGGAUGCUUAAGCAGAAAGGAUACUUGGAGGAGCAGAACAGUGACCAAACACUACAGGAGUCCCAUCAACAGGAAGAGGAGAAGCUUGGUGACAUUCUGACCCCCGGUGUGACCCCUGAACCCCCCAGGUAUGCCCUUCAGUGUCGCUGGGCCUCCCUCUCAGGGCUGGACCCCGACACCCUGACCUUUCCCGGGGGGGAGCCCAUUCAGCUCCACACCGUGCACCCUGGCCUCCUGCCGAAGAUAUCGCUCUUCUACGUCUGCACCAGAUGUGGCAAGGUGUUCUGGGAGGGCUCUCACUUCGGCCGCGUCCUCUCCAUGUUUCAGGAGGUGUUGCACAUAACAGACGAGGACGCUGAAUCGGCCGGUACAUCGGCACAACAGAACUGACUGUUUACCUGAGCCCAUAAAGCAUCUGGGAAAAAAGGUUUUGGCACCACAUGUGAUUUACUUAACAAGAAGACUGAGGACUGUGGAUUAAAGCUGCCAGUACAAGUGGACGGUUUCAACAGGAACUUUAAAUUUGAAGCUUGAAAUAUUAAAUUAUCAGCAGGUAGAGAUGAGUCUGUGACGUGUGAGGAAAUGAGUUUGUCUCAAAGGUCAUCGGAGGCGGAAGCUUUAUUCAUUCACAUGCAUAUAUGUUCAACAGCUUUAAGUUAAUGAGUUUACAAGAGUUUCAAACUGUUUUAAUUUUAGCGAACCAAAGACAGGUCACAGUGUGAUCGCGUUUGAUCGUUUGUUGUUGAUUGUGUUGAUCAAAAAUCACAUCUACGGCGAUCUGUGGUAUUGAUCCUUUGAACUGUAUUUUCUCAACGACACUUUAGACUUCGGUUAAGUAACGUCAUCGCUCUGUUAAAUGUUGUCAUUCAGACGUAGUUCGUUUUUGCCUUAACGUUCCUCACAGCGUCAUUCAUCAGCCAGAUUGGACAAGACCUCAAGUGACCUAUUAAGCACUUUAAUGCACAAAUAUUCAAAAGACUUCACCUUAAAGUUAUAGCAGCUCAUCAAACUGUCCAAACAACUAAUAGCCGAGUUUAUUUAUUGGUUACUGAACAACAUCAGUUCUGUCUACGUGUGAUGAAUAAUUGACUAUUUUAGCGACAGUAAAGUAAAACGAUCCUGACAGCUGUACUGGAGCUCAGGACUCGACCGUGAGGACUAACUGUGUCUAUAAACCGUGACUCUGUUCGACAGCUCACCUGCCUGAGGUGAAGAAAAGUACACGCUGACUUGCAGUUAGAGCCUGAAUCAAUCCCGUCUCUGUGUCAGGGAUAAUUUAUGAUUGUAAGUAAUUAGUGAAAUUGCACGCGUCACUCUUAGUUGGAAGACGCUCAUAAAAAAACCUGCUGCAGUUAUUUAAUCAGGUCAGAGGAAAAACUCCUGCAAACAGCAAACUUAACUUUAGCUCGUUGAUAGUUUGUCAGUCUGUAUGACACUAAUUGUUGGUGAGUCUCGUUAAUAAGACCUGUUCCGCUUUCAUCGUUUUUUUAUUUUAAUAGGAAACUGCAGGCCAAAGUGAGUGACAAAGGCUUUUUUUUUGCCCUCCCUCUGAUGUUUACGGACCAGUAUCGGUGCUGAAAUGCAGAAAAAGGCCUUCCCUACAUCACAAAACUCCAAAUGCACCUCUUACGUGUGCCAAUCCAGCAACGCGACUCAAACCUGUGCCACGUUGAAAAUGACAUGCAGAUGUUGCAGAAGUCCACGGUAGUAAGAUCGCGACUUUUAGGGAAAAAACGACCGGGGUGCUGUUUUAGUCGUGACGCCGACACGUUCGCAUGUCGUCGGGUUACUGGAAGGGAGCGAACGUGUGAAAGGGGGCUUUUGACUCACCAGAGAUUUAUGUCGUGGCGCUAUAAAGCUCACGCGGGACGCAUAUGCGGCAACGUUAAUUUGUUCCAUUCAACACUUUCUGGGGUCACAUCUGGUGACAACUUUUUUUAUUGUUUUGACUUGAAAGCUGCGGUUAGGUGAUGACAGUUCCUUCGCCUUUUUAGUGAUCUGUGGUACUGUACGUUUUUGUUUUUUUUAAAUUCUCUGUUAUUGCUUUUACGGAAAGUUGAGUUAUUUAGCUGGUUGUGUUGAUUAAAAUGAUUUUUUUUUCA